CGUGACCGUCGUCGUCGUCACGUGAUGCGGCCUGUCGGGCUCCCAAGAUGGCGGUGUGCGUGGCGGUGAUCGCCAAGGAGAAUUACCCUCUUUACAUCCGCAGUGUCCCCACGGAGAACGAGCUCAAGUUUCACUACAUGGUGCACACAUCCCUGGACGUGGUGGACGAGAAGAUCUCAGCAAUGGGGAAGGCCCUGGUGGAUCAGAGGGAGCUCUACCUGGGCCUGCUGUACCCCACGGAGGACUACAAGCUGUGCAGAUACGGCUACGUGACCAACUCCAAGGUGAAGUUUGUCAUGGUGGUGGAUUCCUCCAACACGGCGCUCAGAGACAACGAGAUUCGUAGUAUGUUCCGGAAGCUGCACAACUCCUACACAGACGUGAUGUGCAACCCCUUCUAUAACCCGGGGGACCGCAUUCAGUCCAGGGCCUUCGAUGGCAUGGUGACGUCCAUGAUGAUACAGGUCUGUUGAGGAGAGCUCUGCAGCCCGUGGCUGGAAGGAAUCGUUCUGUGCAUAACUGUGUUGUUCAGAUGUGUCUUUAUUUCCACUUGUCUCCUCUUGGGUGUCAUGGACGUGCCGCUGGGGGCAGGGCCUCGUGCACGGUGCCUGUUGACUAAAGGUCUUGUGAGAUCAGGUUUGGCUUUUUCCUUCUGCGUCAGCAGAAGGUUUAACUAAAGACAGUUUAGGGACUUACCUGGCAGUCCAGUGGUUAGGACUCUGCGCUUCCACUGUAGCGGCCGCAGGUUCAAUCCCUGGUCAGGGAACUAAGAUCCUGCAUGCCGCACGGCACGGCCAAAAAAAAAAGGAAAAAGUUUAUGUGGACUUUUCAGGGACAGAGCAGAUCAGGGACCAGGCAGAGCAGGAGCUGUUGUCCCCACGAGGCACGAAGGGGCAGGGGGAGCCGGGUGGCAGGAACUCUCGGAGCUUGGAGCCCAGAAGAGGCUGCGAAGGGAGGGGCAGAGGACCCGUGGGCCGGCCGCCCCCUCCAGUGGCUCAGCAGGUGGGCAAAUCUGGAGGGGUCGGCCUUCUGUGCCCAGAGCUGGAUUAGAGGGGCACAUGGGACGGCCUGCACACCUUCCCCAGGGGGGAGGGGCCUUCCUCCUUCUGGUCUUGCCCGGCCCUGGAAGGCCACCCUCCCGAGACUAUGUAACUACAGCGUCUUCAUCAGCUGCUGCUGGGCAUCGAAUGAGCAAACUCCAAGAGUGCCCUCCUGCCUGUUAGUGCCCUGAGGUUCCUGAUGGCCCGAGGGCCAGGUGGGUGUUGGGAGAUGAGCCCCCUUCCCUGCUGACCCCCAGGCCCCUGGGCAGGCUGUGGAAGGGGCGCUUACACGUGAGGAGGGGCUGAUGUCAUCAGAUUUCUGCCUUCUGCUUCCCCAGAAGCCUGCUCAGUCAAGGUUGACCACAGUUCUAAGUAACUGACCGUGAUUGAGGCCACAGCCCCUUCUGAGAUCAGGUGACCCAGGUUCUAGUGCACUUUGUCAUUUGGUGACAGCGUCUCUGAAGUGGAAGAGGUCCUCCUGGGCCUGAGCCACCUACACAGUCUGCUCUGUGUGGUCUCAGCGUGGCUGGCUUCCUUGAUCAGGCACCCCAAGACACCACGAGCCCCUCCCCCCCCCUCAGUCACUCUGGAGAGGGUCUCUGACCAGGAGGAAGGUAGGAGGGUGGCUCAGACCCACUAGGAACGGGGAGGCUGUGAGCUGUGAGCAUCGUCGGCCCAGGGCUGGAAUUGGGAUGCACUCUGCUCUGCUUGUCUUUGGGUUUCCUUCCUUUCCUACGAGCACAGGAUUACAGAAGUAAACAAACAAACAAAAAACA